AGAAGUUUGUUGUUUGCUGAAAUGGGUAUACUGGAGUUUUGGGUGAUCUUGAUUGCUCUUGGCUUUUGUUUACUAGCUCAAGUUCUGAAUUCUCAGAACUUCACGUGCAUUUCAAAUGACUUGAAGGCAUUGAGGGAUUUCGUGAGUGCUGUGGAAUCACCUAUUGGUGGGUGGGACACUGAUUCAUCUUCCAAUUGCUGCAAUUGGGUUGGGAUCACAUGCAAGUCUUCAUCUUCUCUUGGACUAAAUGACCCACUCAACUCCAGCAGGGUUGUUCAUGUGGAGCUUGGACAGGGAAGACUAAGGAGCAGAUCUGGAAGCUGCUUGGCAGAUUGCAGUAUCAGCUGAGGCAUAUAUAUAGGGAGGCGAAUGUGAUCGCUGAUUUUCUUGCCUCAUUUGCUGUCCAAACUGAAACAGAUACUGAUUUUUCAGCAAAUGGCAUUCUGCCAUUGUCUGGCAGGCUGCUUCUGUGAGGAGACUAAGAUACAGGAAUAUAGUGUAAAAUAGUUUUAAGCCAUUUCUUGUAUUUUUUUCAGAACAGUUUGUUCUUUGGUUGCUUUAUCAUAUUGUUUUAAGGCAAGGUUGUUUGUCUUUCUCCCAUUGUAAUUAAUUUUUAAGAAAUGAAAUAAAGUGUU